UCUAGGGUUUUGCUUCCUCUUUUCUCUCCUCCUCCAUCAACUCUUGGUGCUGUGUGUACCCUGCAGCUGAAUCACACGAAAACAUGGCGGACAAAGCAGUGACAAUCCGAACCAGAAAGUUCAUGACCAACAGGCUUCUCUCCAGAAAGCAAUUCGUCAUUGAUGUUCUUCAUCCAGGAAGGCCUAAUGUUUCCAAGGCAGAACUGAAGGAGAAGUUGUCAAGGAUGUAUGAGGUGAAGGACACAAAUGCAAUUUUUGUUUUCAAGUUCCGGACCCAUUUUGGAGGCGGGAAAUCAACUGGGUUUGGUUUGAUUUAUGAUUCUGUUGAGAAUGCCAAGAAGUAUGAGCCCAAGUACAGGCUAAUCAGGAAUGGACUUGAUACCAAGGUUGAGAAGUCAAGGAAGCAGCUCAAGGAGAGGAAGAACAGAGCCAAAAAGAUCCGUGGAGUAAAGAAGACUAAAGCUGGUGAUGCUGCUAAGGGUGGAAAGAAGAAAUAAGCUUUUCUGGAGUCGUGAGCUGUGUAUGGCCUCAUAUGUAAUGAUGGGGCUUUUUGGUAGCCAUUCUUCUCAUUGUAUUAGUGAAAAAGAGUCCCGGUGACUUCUGAUUGAGUUAUAUUUGAUCUUCAAUUCGUGUAUUUUAAGAUAUUAGUUUUGAGGAUUUCAGAAUAGUACCAGAUGCUCUCUUCUUCCUUUGGCUGGUCGUUAUGAUUGUAGCAGAAUUUUAAUUGUUUUAAAUAUUUUGUUCUGGUUUCGAGUAGUA